AUGAUGAACUACGAGAGUGCAUCGUUGCAGCGCACGGAACCAAUCCGAUUGAUUUCUCCCGAUGCAGUGCUGAGGCGUCGUCGGGCGAACAGCUUCGAGCUGGCCACCCUCCUGUGCAGCUUCCUGAUCGGGAACGGGUUUGCGGCGCUGGUCGUGUCCGGCUACGCCACCCGAGAGGUAGCCAACAAUGACCAGCGACGGGUCAGCUGCCCGUUCGUGCCGGAAGAAAUUGAGGAAAGCGAUGAAGAAGUGAAACCGACGCCGCCAAACAAGUAUCAACUACGACAGCCCCCCGACCUCCGCAGUCAGUAUCUCCUCACCAUCGAGGAAGAAAAGGUGGCCAAAUUGCGCGCGGAGGAAACGAACCGGGAGGCGGCGGCUCGCGAAGAGCUGGAGCGGCAAGAGCAGCCACCGCACGAUCCGAAGCGAGGCCACCGGGUACAUGCGUGGGUUGCAAUACUGCACAACGCACCCUGGUGCUACAAGCCGGGCUACCGUGAGUCUACGACCGAUCCGAUCACGGGUGAGAAGAUACGACCUCCGCCGAGUGCCUUCUUUCUCGAGCCGUCGACCGGCUUCCGGCACGAGCCCAGUUCGCCCGACUACCUCGCCAUCGAGAGCGUCUGGAACCAGCACAACUACUACGUCAACAAGCAGGACCCAGCGGCCGGCAUCGCGGCUAUGCGCUGGGACCUCGCGUGCGGUGCCGAUUGGGAGCACUUCCUGCCGGGCGAGCCGUACGAGUUGCGCGAGGAUUGCGUCAUUCCGGAGGACCAGGACCCGCUCACCACGGACGAGGAGAUCGAGAAGGAGAAGCACCUGGACCUGCCCGUUUCCUGGGUUCGGCCACUGAAUGUCUCGCGGCCAGACUUCGAGCGUCGCUUUCCGGAGGACGGUACCAAGGUGGUCUACUUCAAGCGAACGAUCUACGAGCGAUUCGCGCCCUACCGCAACCUGAUCGGGCUCGUUCAGAGGCUGACGACCUACGAGACGCUCGACUACCAAGGCCCCAUCACCCGCUGGGAAUGGUACGAGAACCGGGAUGAUCUUCUGCAUCAGGUGCGCAUCGACUACCGGACGGACGAGACGGAGGAGCGCUUCAACAAGGGCCGCCCGGACUGCUUGCGAUCUCUGCGUCAUCGGGCCGCCCCAAACGACGAGUACGUGCUUAAGUUUUUCUACCAGUAUCGCUUCGAUGCGCUCCGGACGCUCAUCUACCAUGCGACUUACAUCAAGGAACACUACGACCGUCGAGAUGAUUUGCUGCAUUAUCGAGAGUUCCAAAAUAUUCCGAAGGACCCCGUCACCAAGGAACCGAGCAAGCUAACGCACAUCAUGGAAACAUUCCAUCAAAACCCCGAUAAGGUACCGGUGAAGGACAUUGCUAUCAGGAACUGCUUCAUUCAGGAGAACAAAAUCAAGCUGCAGUUUCACUAUGGCGAAGAUUGCAUCACCGCCUCGACGCGAGAGUUCAUCAAACCACCAAAAUCGGAGAUGGGUGAAGAGGUGCCGUACGAUCCGGGCUGUACCUCGGGCUAUGUGUCAAACCCUUGGGAUCCACAGCCGACCCAGCUGGACUUGUUUCUCCUUCUGAAAGACCAACUGAAGGCGGAGGACCAGUCAUCGCGAGCCUUCUGCCGACGGGUCGUCGAGAUCGACACAAUGCUGAGCGAACGUCGGAAGCAGACGGACUCGCCCCGCCUCACCAGCAGCCUCUACGAUCCUUUGCGCAACGAGGAAGCGCGUCGGCUCCGGCUGGCCAAGUACGAGGCCGCCAAGGCUCGCGAGGAGCAGCUCAAACAGCAGCAGGCUGACUUCCUGGCGCCCUACUUCCUGCGGCUGGGCGACACCAAGAAGCGUCCGCCAACCCGUGCCCAAGUGAUGCGGCUGUACCGGGACUGCACGGCGGACCUGCGCAAGUUCUACCAGCGGCUCGAGGAGGAACUGCGCAACCGCUGCGACGACCUGAUCACGGAGGAGCAGUCGCUGAAGCGAUUCCUGUCACGCUUCCAGCAGCACUUCGAUGACGCCGAGUACGAACGGUUCAUCUCCGAGGGCGAAACGCUCGAGCGCAACAAACAUAUCCUGCAGAUGCGCCUGGAGAACAUCCAGGACGAGUAUCGGCGCAAGGCGGACCAUCUGAAGCAGGCGCUGCGUGAGGACGAGCGUCUGAAGCCGUUCUUUUCGGCCGAGCUGGCCGAGUGUGAACCAAGCGAACGGAGCGAUUAUGGUGGGGACUAA